UUCGUGUCAGGGCGGCGCAACACGCUCGCGACUCCUCUGCGCUUUGCCGGCUUUCCCCGCCGCCGCGGCUGCUUCCACCUCAGCGUCGAACGGUCCGUGCCCCCACCACACACAUACACACACCGCGCUGGCCCUGGCGGCACCCCGGCGGUAGCAGCCGAGCGAGGGAAGGAAAAGGGCCGGAGAACGAAGCGGGCGCGGCGGCAGCAGCAGCCAGAGCCGCCGCUUCUUCGCAACAGCCGAGGACGGAAGAGGCGGCGGCGGCGGCGGUGGUGGUCGCUCUCAUCGCCCGGGAAGCGGGGGUGGGGUGGGGGCACGCUGGAGGGCCUGGCUCCCCACGUCUUCUGCUCGCUCCGCUCUACGGUGAACAGAGGAAAUGCCCGUGAAAAAAAAGCGCAAAUCUUCGGGGCAGGCGGGCGACGAGUCGGGCCUCAAGAAAUGUAAAAUCAGCAGUUAUUGCAGGUCACCAGCUUCUAAUAAAGUGAUAAGUGGUGAGGAGCAUUUUUCAAGCAAGAAGUGCCUGGCUUGGUUUUAUGAAUAUGCAGGUGAUGAUGAAGUUGUAGGACCUGAAGGAAUGGAAAAAUUCUGUGAAGAUAUUGGUGUUGAACCUGAAAACAUUAUUAUGCUAGUUUUAGCCUGGAAACUAGAGGCUGAAAGCAUGGGAUUUUUUACAAAAGAAGAGUGGCUAAAAGGGAUGACCUCAUUACAAUGUGACGGUACAGAAAAGCUGCAAAGUAAAUUUGAUUUUUUGCGAUCCCAACUGAAUGACAUUUCAACAUUUAAGAAUAUCUACAGAUAUGCAUUUGACUUUGCAAGGGAUAAAGAUCAGCGAAGUCUUGAUAUUGACACAGCAAAGUCUAUGUUAGCACUUCUUCUUGGAAGGACAUGGCCACUGUUUUCAGUGUUUUACCAAUACUUGGAGCAGUCAAAAUACAAAGUAAUUAACAAAGAUCAGUGGUACAAUGUAUUAGAAUUCAGUAGAACUGUCCAUGCGGAUCUUAGCAACUAUGAUGAAGAUGGGGCAUGGCCUGUUCUUCUUGAUGAAUUUGUGGAAUGGCAAAAAGAUCGCCAAGCAUCAUAGCAAGAGCAGCUGUGAAGAGAACGCUGGAUCUUGUGAUGCCCAAUCUACAAACACUGAUUCAAAACCAAGGAUUGCGUUCACAUCCUUAUGAACUUUAGUCAUUUUUUUUCCUUUUAUUUUUAAAGGAAGCCUUGUUACACAUGAAAAGGGCAUUGAACCACACACUUCUGAGACUGAAAAUUUGAGGUUUUUGUCUUAAGUUUCUAUCAUUUCAGAACAAUAAAGAUUCAGAUUUGUAACAGUCUUAAAACGUGAAGGAUAUGACUAUGGGUCCUAUACUCAAAACCAAAAAAAAAAAAAUGUUGAAUGCAUCAGAAAUGUCCAAUAUGAGUGACUGAAUUCCAGAUGUAUGUUAACAAUUGUAGUAGAAUAAGAAUUUGGUAGAUUGGUUCUUGUGGAAUGAAUGCCUUUAGGGAAGGGUGAUUAACCUUAAGCCUUGGCUGGUGCUUUGCAAACACCUCUAUCACUUGUGCCAUAACUGAACAGUGGAGAUAAAGCCUUUAUUAAUUUAUCAGCAAAUCCUACUACUUUUUAGUUUUGUUUUCUAGUAGAACAUUCAUAGUGGCCUGUUUUUGUUUUCCUUAGAAGCACUAGGAAGAUGCCUUUGAUAAAACAAUUGCAAAACUUGAAACAUCAUUUGUGUUUAUUAUAUAUAGGUCUACAUCUUAAUAGGAAAAUUAAGGUAGAUCUUCUGAUGUGCAUUACGCUGAGAAUAAAUUAUUACGAUUCUCCUCCCAUCUCCAAAUGUGGAGAAUAUAUGUUUUUAUUAUCCUAUUUUCAGGUAUACGCAUUCUAAAAUUAGGAAGAGUUGCACUACUUUAUACGAUAUAUAGCCAGCUACCAACAACUGAUUAACACCCAAGGACUACUCAGAUAAAUAUGUUAAGCUAAAUAUAAAUGUUUACAAGACUUAACUUUGUUUUGUGAAACAAAUUAUAUGUAGGAGAACCGCUAGUAGGUAAUUGGAUGAAUAGUCAGGAAAAAUGUAGACCUCCUUCUAUAGCAGAAUUGUGAAAUCACCUGUGUGAUAUGAUACAGUCCUUAUAGCUUACCAUACCAGGCAAAAAAUGGUAGUAUCUAUCUCAGGAUAAUGAAAAUGCAUUGUGCACAGUAUAAUCAGGUUGAGGGUAGUACAAGAUAAUCUCUUGUUUAUAUGGUGCAUUCUAAGUAUUUUCAUUUAUAUUUUUUAUUAUUGGUCACUAACAGCCCUUAAGAAUCUUUCUGGUGCUGGGAGAUGCUAGACAGCAGGUGGAAUUGUAUGUUAGCUGCAGAAUUUCUAUGACCUGUCCAAGGGAUGAUAUAAUAUCAAUGAGUUUGCUGUUCUUUGGCUGUCUGCAAAAGAAAAAGGUAGUUUGAAGUUGCAGGAGGAAGUACAUCAAAUACCUCAGACUUGCUGAUCUGACUCAAUUGCUUUUCUUGAUAAGUAUCCCAUGAUACUGCAUAAUGUUUUCCAUAGCCCUAUAUGAACCAUCGGGCUUUUUGGUGGAUAAGCUGAAAUCCACUUCUGAUUGAUGCCAAACGUUUUUAGGAAGUCAUAUUGUAGAUUAGACAUAGUUGUUGUGGGAGUCAGUUAAAUUGAAGUAGAUGGUGCUUCCAGCUUCUUUAUUUUCCAGGGUGCAGCAUUUCUAACCCAAGGACAUAACUGACCAACACAAAGUAUUUCUUUAUUUCCAAAAUAAUGGAUUUCUAAGGGUUAGAUACUAAAUACAUUAACAAACAAAGCAAAACAAACAAACAAAAUUGAUCAAAUAAGCACUGCAGAGACAAAGAUGGUUUUCAAAUGCCUUAAUAAGGCAGGUGAAGAGUUUGAUUGCCUGAUGUAUUUAAUAUUCACAACCUGAAUACUUAAUAUAAGCCUUACUGUGGAACAGUUAUGGUUAGGAUGAGUUAUGUUCAACCAAUCUUUUCAAAAUGGACAAAUAUCUUGGGUGGGGGUUGCAGCUGGAUUUGGCACUGAUAUUGUUGUUUCCCCAAGUGAAAUAGUGCUUGUUUUCAUUCUCUGAUGUAGAUGGGGAAUAAAAAUUCAAUCU